AUGCCUGGCCAACGUAUCCUCCUCUUUAUUGUAGCUCAAGCUUUUUUUGCUGGACUUGCUGUGUUUAUCGCCAAUUCGCCGUAUCUUAAUAUGUCCGCCUCACCGACUGGUAGCCAGCCAUGGGCUGAUGGGCCUAUGAAGCUGGUGACAACACCACAGUAUGAGACUAAGAAGACCGAUCUCUUCACCACAGGCGCCACUCACAUGGCGCUUUUGCACAAUGCCAUUAUUCGUGGCUUCAAUUCCAUCUACCUCCAAGCUCCUCAUGUGAAGGACGCCGACAAGGCCGACUUCAUUGGAUAUUCUCAGACUUGGUUCAAGUUUGUCAAAUCGCACCACGAUGAUGAGGAGGACAACCUCUUCCCCAAGGUCCAAGAGCUUCUCGGCGACGAGCCAGUUUGGGACGAGACCCAUCAUGAGCAUGAGUCAUUCCUUGCGCCCCUCGCCGAGUUCAACACAUAUCUCUCUAACCUCGCCUCACCCACUGAUCUCGAUGGCGCUGAAGUCAUCAAGCUUAUGGAUGCCUUCAAGGAGCCCUUCGAGCAUCACUUCCACAGCGAAAUCUCUACCAUCGCCGCUCUUUCGAACCACCCCAAGGCUCCCAAGGAAGACACCCCUGAAGGCGCUGCCGCCGGCCUGACCUUCAAGACGUGGGGCAAGAAGACAGUCACAAAGGCUGGCGUACUCGAUGUUGUGCCUUUCUUCCUCCUCAACUUAGACCGAACUGCCGAGGAGGGUAUGUGGGCUAACUGGCCCCCAAUGCCUGCGCCUAUCUCCUGGGGUCUGACAAAUAUCGCGGGUUCGUGGUACGGAAAGUGGUGGAAGUUUUCGAGCUGUGAUUCGCAGGGCAAGCCUCAGGAGCUCUAUGCUCUUCGGGGUCUGAAGCAGUGA